GGGGUUGUGCUUAUGCUACGCAGUUUACGCAGAACUCAGAGUAAUGGCGUCUGUGCGACGACUCCAGCUCACAAGACUCACAAAAUGAAGCGACGGAGGGAAUAUUCGUGUUAGCAGAAGGCCUUUAGAGGGGUUUGUGGCUGCCGGACUGCAUUGAGAGGCGCAGAGCUGACAGGAGUUAAGGACUUUCAUCGGUUCAGCACGAUGAUAAAGCACAAGUCCAACCAGACGCGCACGUAUGACAGAGAUGGCUAUAAAAAGCGCGCGGCCUGCCUGUGCUUCAGGAACGAGCGCGAGGAGGAGGUGCUGUUGGUGAGCAGCAGCAGUCAUCCCGACUGCUGGAUCGUUCCCGGAGGAGGGAUGGAGCCGGAGGAGGAGCCCGGUGUCGCUGCUGUCAGGGAGGUGUGUGAAGAGGCAGGAGUCAAGGGCACUCUAGGAAGAUCGCUCGGCGUUUUUGAGAACCGAGACCGAAAGCACAGAACGCACGUCUACGUUCUCAUCGUGACUGAGGUUAUGGAGGACUGGGAGGACUCUGUGAAUAUUGGUUGGAUGGGCACAGGCAGGAAAAGGGAGUGGUUUAAGACUGAAGAGGCCCGGCGUGUGCUGCAGUGUCAUAAACCUGUGCAAGCCUCUUACUUCCAGGCCCUUCAGCAGGACUGUGUGUCCAGCAACGGCACAUACAACAACCACCAACACAAUCUCUCCAGCAGCAGAUAACCUGCAGAAUCAUCCGGUUUUCUACCUUUUCUUACCCGACCGAACCACUAUCACUGUUUUUUUUUUUCUUUUCUUUUUUUUCUUCAUUUCUGCACAUUAAUGACAACAUUGAAUGAAAUCUGAUUGCAUUGUACCAGCCUUUUUUAGUGUUCAGAUACAGAGUAGAGUCUGGGGAUGUGUGAUAUAAGAGAAAAGUCGAAGAAUAGUUGGCAAAUGAAAGUUUGUCUUGUGUUUUAAUGAAUGCUUGCAUGAGAUUCUCAUUUCCUAACAUCAGGUUUAUUGAGUGCAACUACACUAUUGUGUCUUGAAGUAAGUGGUGUUUAAAGAGAAAGCUGUCAGAAGUGUUGAUGAUGGUGUUUUGUGGCCCUUUGGUUUUGCGUUGUGUGAAUGUGCAGUUAUAUUGAGUUGGUUGAGUUAUUUGCAUGAGCAUGUCACACAUUAAUGAACUUAAAAUACAGGGAGUCUUAGGUUUUCUAAAGCGAAUGUAGAUGUUUUCUUGGUCGUAAUGAUGAACGGGGCCAUUCGACGUUUGUUUAGUGGUGAAAUCGCAUAUAGCUCAUAGUUUUAGUUCUUGAAACUGCUAAGCAAAAUGGGUAUCAUGUCUUAAAUUGAUCAAAAGGAGUUGAAAUCAGCCAAUAUUACACACUCGGGAACACAAACGCAGGUACUGUCAGAUUAGUUUUUAAAAAAACACAUUUGUAAAAUGUAUUAAUGUUGAUGGGGUUUAGUGGUUAGUAGACCACCACUUUUACCAUUGAAGGAGAUUUUGAUAGAAAUUGAAGUGGGGAUUUUUCCGGGCCUGCAAUCCUAGAUGUCCUGGGGAAAGGGAAUUAAUUCAGUGGCUUCAUGUGAUGCUGGUAGGUCCAGUUCACUGAGUGCACUUGUUUUGUUGUGCCACAGGAUUGUAUGUAAGAGAAAAGAAGCUGUGGAUGGACAUUCAGGAAUUGAGUUACAGUGAAAUGACAUCAGUGGCAUAAAUCUCGUACGCUGGACCGCUGAUGUUCUUUCUCACUCUUCUGAGGGCUUUGCACCCAUAAUCAUUGCACAAUAGCAACAAUUUACAAAUGUCUCGGUUAUUUCAGUUUUAGUUGUAAUAAUUUCAAAUGAUUGUUUGUCCAUUUAUAAACUAUAACGAGUGAGUGUGUGUGUGUGUGUAGAGUAUGUGGUUUUGUAUGAUUGAAAUAAUGUGAAUAGUCGAAAGACUUGAUGCCAAGGUUAGCUGACUGUCUAAUGAAUUGCCUCUCGUAAGGGGAUGGAUUUUGUUUGAAAUGUUUACAACUUGAUUGUAGUUUCUCUUCGGACACUGGAUAUUCACUGACCUCUUUUCAUUUGUUGAUGAUGACUGUUAAUAAUGGUGUCAUUUCAUUUUUAAAAGGCGCCUUUCUUGGUCUUAAACCUAUUUAAUCUGUCCUAAUUAUAAAUAGUUAUUUUUAUUUGUUUCUGAUUUAUACAUUUUUCUCAAACAUGUACUUUAGAUGAGAAUUGUUUAGGUGAACUUGUCUUAUCAGCAUUUCAAUGUUUAAUUAUUAAUUGGAAAGCUAAAAAUAUAUUGUUUUGCUAUAAGUUUAGUUCACUAAACCCAAUCCAAAAAUGGUCCUCCAAUGUGUGUAUACAUUUUUAUUUUAUUUUAAUACUGAUCAAUGUGAUUUCAAUAGUAAAACCUGUGCCACAACAACAGCAUAUUUAAAGGUGCAGUAAGUGAUUUAAACACUGUUGAUAUUUGAAAAUAAAUUAAAAAAACACACCCCUCCCUUCUUUGCUCACUUUCCUCCGUCAGCAUGAGUGGACACGCCCCCUAGUGCUGAUUGGUUCACUCUCAUCCCUCAUCAUGAGUGGACAUGCCCCCUAAUGCUGAUUGGCACACUCACUCUCUCUCAUUACGAGUGGACACACCCCCUACUGCUGAUUGGCUUACUCUCCCUCAUCAUGGGUUGACACAUCCCCUAAUUCUGAUUGGCUUACUUUCCCUCAUCAUGAGUGGACACACCCCUACUGCUGAUUUGCAAACUCUCCCUCAUCAUGAGUGGACACACCCCCUAAUGCUGAUUGGCUCACUCUCCCUCAUCAUGAGUGGACAUGACCCCUAAUGCUGAUUGGCUUGCUUACUCUAUCUCCUUCCCCAUCAUGAGUGAACACGCCCCCUAAUGCUGAUUGGCUCACUGUCCAUCAUCAUGAGUGGAAACAACCCCUAAAGCUGAUCGGCUCGCUCACUCUAACUCCUCCCCCAUCAUGAGUGGACACGCCCCCUGAUGCUGGCUACACGUUUGUUGUGAUGCUCGGUCUGAUCCACUUUCAACGGUGUUUCUCAGAAAUCGUUUACUGCACCUUUACCAGCUGUGGCAGACACUGGUGAUGACGUCUAAUGAUUUAUGAUUAAUAUGAUCUUUCUCUACCCAUGUAUUGCAAUCAUUAGUGAAAUGUGAAUAAGCAAUGAACAAAACACUCUUUGUACUGAAAUCAUGCCAGAUUUGUUCCUGAAUUGUAAAUGCUGCAUUGUUUGAAAAUAAGUUUUUACACUUCUUCAAUUUUUGUUUAGUAGAGAGAUUUGUUUUGGUGUAAAGUAUUCGAAAACAUUUCAAGAAUCUCAAAUCUUUCCUCAGUCCUUUGUAUUUCCUUUUGUAACGUUUCAAGCACAUACAGUAUACCCUGUAUCGCUCUGCUGUAUCUGAUAUUGGGAAAAGAAAAUUUGACUGUAUAACAGUUGUCAACAAUUUAAUUAAUAAAACAUAAAUGCUACAUGCAUAUCAUGAA